AUGAUCGUGCGAAAGAGAUCCAUCAACGGCACGCCAGUCGAAAAGGGAAGGAUGAACGAGAAGAAACUCCAAAACAUCACGAUAAAGAACUACGAAAUCAACAGCAAUGGAAAGAAGAAAUACUUCUUCGAUUAUUACGGGUGCAUAUACCCAUUUAAUAUGCCCAUAAGUUUAUACAAGUACCCCCCCAUUUUUGGAUACUGCAGUUUAAGUGACUUCCAAGAAAUAGGGGCAAAGCGUCUGGCCCUGUUGCAGUUCUUGGACACCUGUACCAUCAGCGGGGAGGAGGAAAAGGAUACAUAUAACAACUUAAAAGGGAAGAUGGACAAAGAUGCCCUAACGAAUAACUACAACGAUAAUAAAAAUAAACAAAUCAGACAAAAAAUAUUCGAAUAUAAAUUUGGAAUUCAGUCGAUGAAAAAUUACAGCAAGGAAGAAAUGGAAAAUAUAAUCAUGACAGAUCUCUUAUCCCACUAUAUCUUAAGAAUAGCUUUUGCAAAGGAUAAAGAAAAACAACAGUGGUUUUUAAAGCAAGAAUUAAAAUUAUUUAUAUUCCGUUUAAAUGAAUUAAAAAAUAUUAAUGUGUUGAAUUCACAUAAUCUUGGAGAGAGUGAACGAGGAUUAAUUCAUUUGUUAAAUAGAGAAAAUUUAAAUUAUGAAUUUUUGUCUAAACCAAUGAUAUCAUCCUUUGGGGUGAAGGAUGAAGCGUGGGAAAAAUAUACAUCCUUCAUCCCUAAUAGAGAUACCAUCGAAAAGGUAUUUAAAAUUCCCUUCUUUCCAGAUGCUUACUUUUUAGUGAAGGAUCAUAAGGUGUGUGUAGAUAAAGCGAUUGCAUACGUUCCAGAUAUAUACCUGGACGUUAUUCUAGUUACUCAGUUCAAAAUAACCAUUAAGGAAUCCUUUAAGUAUUUAGAUCAAAAUGAAAAACUGCUACUUAAUGUUCAAAAUGACAGCAGAAUAUCUUCCUUCCUGACGGCGUUGCCAAAAGCAUAUGUGGCAAAGGACUACAGACAGAAUUAUGAACACACACAGGAAACCAGACUAAUGCCACAAAAUCUGUAUAAUGUUUAUAAGCAGUCCUUUCCCCCUUGUAUGCGUAGAAUCUUUGUUAAUUUUUUAAAAGAAAAACAUCUGAAACAUUGGGCAAGGCAACAGUUGUGGCUAUUCUUAAAAGGGGCGGGCAUGACACUGGAAGAAAAUAUACACUCGAAUCGAUCCAUAUGGUUACAAGCAGACAAAUUCGAUAAGGAGCAUAGAUAUACUAUACGCUAUAUGUAUGGGAAAGAGGGUAAAAAAACAGAUUUUAGCCCCUAUAAUUGCUCCAGUAUUAUAAAUAACUUUCCUAUUCCUUCAAGUGGAGACACUCAUGGGUGCCCUUUUAAGAAUUUUGACGAGGCUCACUUGAAAAGUUUGCUCUUUUUCUUUGGGCUGACUGAUGGUCAGAUAAAAAAUAUCAUGCCUUUCAAAAUGAACAAUGAAUACCAGAUGGCUUGCGUGAAGUUUUUCAUGGAAACGCACCCCGGCUCGUCUGCCGAUGGGGUCGGGAACCACCCCAACUCGUACUACAUCGAGAGUAGGAAGUACUACAAAUCGAAGGCAACGAACGGGACAAGCGAAGCGGGUGCGCAAAAGGCGAGCGCCAGCUGA